AACAGAAUUCCCCAUCACCUGCACAUCUCUCUCUCCACCAACCAUGGCGCAGACCUUGUUCUUCUCCCUGAAUCCCCACCAGUGAGGAGUAAGAUCGAGAGGGACCAAAAAUGGAGGCUGCCGGAAAGUUUCUACUCGACAGGGUCAAAACCCUAGGAGGGUCCUCGAACCAGGGCAUCAACAAUUCUGAUCCAACUUCUAAUGUGAUGGUUCCAACGAUUGAGUCCCAAAAAACGAGCUGGGUUUCAAAUGCGGGCACCAAGUCAGUUGCCAUUUCAGACCCCCGCACACAAGUUGUUUCUUUUGAGCAGGCAGCAUCUAUUAGCUCGUAUCCAUUCAUGGUGCCUGCAUUUUUUAACUUCAGUACUGGGAACCCACAUGGGCCACCGGCACCAAUGACCCUUCAAGAUAUGGUAAUGCAAGCAAGCGGUGGAGUGCUAAAUCAUGGGAACUUACUCCCUGAAGGUAAUGAAGGAUGUCAGAGUACUGCAGUAGUUUCGAGCAAGGAAGAUGGGUACAACAAUUCGGAAUCUGGAUGCCAAGCCACUACUUAUGAUGAUGAGAGUCUAAAUUCUGAACAGUUGGAACCAACAAUAUUGUUGGAAGAACAAGUUCCGACAUCAGCUGUUGGGACCGCGAGCUGUGACGAACUCCAGUUUGGUGGUGUCAACGGCAACAGCAUCGGCACUGAGGCAGAAGGAGUGCAAGGUGGUAGUGCUGUCAAUGAGUGUACUGAAUCAACAACCUUGACAGAUGCUGGUGAUGAACCAUGGCCAAAAGGUAGGAGCCAGUAUGCUUGCUUUGGCGAUGUGGUUAUGUUUGAUACAACAUACUGCACCAAUAUAUACAAGAUGCCAUUUGGAAUUUUUGUGGGAGUCAACAACCAUUUCCAGAGCAUUAUUUUUGCCGGGGUUCUUAUGACUGAUGAGGCAGCUGAGAGCUUUGAGUGGGUGUUUUCUGAAUUUCUGAUUCUUAUGGGUGGAAAACGCCCACAAACAAUACUGACAGAUCAGUGCCAAGCCAUGGGAAUUGCAAUUGAGAAGUGCUGGUGUGGGACUGCACAUUUAUGGUGUAGGUGGCAUGUAUUGAGGGCAGCACAAGCUGAUCUUGGUCCUAUAUUCAAUGUAGGAACUCCUUUCUACAAUAAUUUCCACAAGAUCAUCAAUGAUAUGUUGACGGUUGAUGAAUUUGAGAUGGCUUGGGACCAACUUCUAGAAGACUACAAUCUGAGGGAAAAUGAGUUCAUGCGGCGGACAUACAACAAGAGGAAAAAGUGGGCCAAACCUUAUAACAAAGGAGUCUAUUGUGGCGGGAUGACGAGCACGCAAAGAUCAGAGAGCGCAAACCACAUGUUGAAGAAACAUGUCCCGCGAAAUUCGUCGAUGAAUAAAUUCGUGAUGAACUACAACAACCUGCUCCUGACCAGAUACAAAGCAGAACAAGAAGCUGAGCAUGAGACCAAGCAGAAUGUUUUCGUGCAUGAGCGUGCCUGGCCAAUUGAGAUACAUGCACUACAAGUAUACACCAAUGCAUCAUAUAAGCUCUUCAGCAAACAAGUUGACAAGUCUACCCGUUAUAAUGUCAGACUUACUAAUGAUUCCUCAGUUUUUUUGGUUGUACACGACAAAGCGAAGUUGAGGGAGCGGUAUGCACGUGUGGAGUUCACAGUUCAUGUCGAGGAUGGUGGAGGUUUUCUUGAGUGUGAUUGUGGUCUAUACAGCCACUUGGGCAUCCUGUGUUGCCACAGCAUACGGGUUAUGCUUCAAUUAGGCAUUUCGAGAAUACCAGACCGUCACAUAAUGAUCCAUUGGACAAGAAUUGCAAGAGAUACCGUUCCAGAAGAAAUGAACUUCUACCCUACGGAGGCUGCUCCUGUGCAGCCAUCACUGAUAUACAGACAUAGGCUUUUGGCUGCUAUUGCUGCUCUUAUGGUGACCGAGGGAGACCAUGAUGCAGAAACUUUUGAGAUUGCAACAAAACACAUGCACAGGGCUUUCAUGGAGAUAGCAGAUUAUAGGAAAUUGAAACAGUCAUUCGAGUCAGAUGGGUAUACUAGUAAAAACGAUGGAACCUGCAGCGAGUAUGGCAAUGGUACUGACACCGAUGGUGAAACGGGUGGGAACAUGUUUGGCGCUGCAGGUUCAAGUGCUGGAUUGAGUGAUUCCGAGCUCCUCAGUCUGCGCCCUCCAGAUGUGAAAAUCAAACGUGGGCGGCCUAGGAUGAAUCGGUACAAGGGAAGGCUCGACAUAAUAAAAGAGAAGAUGAAAAGGUCCGGGAGGAAAUCAACUAAGAAAAAAAAGAAAGGCAAGGCCUGCAGAACCUGUGGCCUUGAUGACCAGAAGGAGACAGAAUGCCUAACCAAAAGUGUUGUUAUUACCAGCACAGAGAUGUUGGCGUUUUUCCUUUGGCUGUAGCUGAUGACAUGUAGUUGCUCAUUUUGUAUGAUGCAUCCUUUGUUUCGUCACACUUUACGGUUAAGUGUGUGGCUACUUAGGUGGGAAUUAAUCAUUGAUUAUGUGGUGGCAACUGACCAAAUUUGAUUCAAACAUGUAUUUUGUAUCUGGUUGAUGUCGAAGCCAGACUCCUUAUAUGUCAAUGAUGUUUGAUGAUGGCA